GUAAACUUCUGCCCCGAAAAUAUAAGUAAUAAUAAAGCAUUUUCUUUCUUUUUCUUUUUCUCUUUUUUUUCAACUCUAUAGAUCAUUAAAAUAUAAACAUGGCUCGCUCUAGACAAACUCGUCGUGCUGGACCUACUCAGCAAACUCGUAGUGCACAUACAAUGCCUUCUAGACAAACUCCCCCUCCUCAGCAACACCAACAACAACAACAUGCACCUGUCCAACAUCAACCUCCUCAACAACAGCCUGCUGUUGUGCAGGGUCGUCAACCUGGUCUUUUCUCACAAAUGGCUUCCACUGCUGCGGGUGUAGCUGUUGGUUCUGCUGUUGGCCACACAAUGGCCAAUGGCGUAUCUGCCAUGUUUGGUGGCGGUAGUAGUGAACCUCAACAACAACCUCAAGAACAAUACCAAUCAUCUUACCAACAACCCAUGGCUGCACAAACACAAAAUGGCGCUUCGUGUGAAGCAGACGCCAAAGCAUUUACACAAUGUCUUGAAGCUACAAAUAACGACAUGAGUGCCUGUAAAUGGUACUUUGAUGCUCUUAAACAAUGUCAACAAAUGGCUUCUCAAUACUAAACAAUAAAUUUU